CCGGCCGGCAACAUGGCGGAGGCGGAAGGGGAAAGCCUGGAGUCCUGGCUGAAUAAAGCCACCAACCCUCUGAAUAGACAAGAAGACUGGGAAUACAUCAUUGGCUUCUGCGAUCAGAUCAAUAAAGAACUUGAAGGACCACAGAUAGCUGUGAGAUUGCUGGCUCAUAAAGUCCAGUCACCACAGGAAUGGGAGGCAGUCCAGGCUUUGACAGUACUGGAAGCUUGUAUGAAGAAUUGUGGGCGAAGAUUUCAUAAUGAAGUAGGGAAGUUUCGUUUUUUAAAUGAAUUAAUUAAAGUUGUUUCUCCAAAGUACCUAGGUGACAGAGUGUCAGAGAAGGUCAAAGCCAAAAUAAUUGAGCUGCUCUACAGCUGGACGGUAGCCCUGCCGGAGGAAUCAAAAAUCAAAGAUGCUUACUACAUGUUGAAGAGACAAGGCAUUGUUCUGUCAGAUCCUGUAAUUCCUGUGGAGAGAACCCUCAUUCCUUCUCCUCCACCUCGCCCCAAAAAUCCUGUGUUUGAUGAUGAAGAGAAAUCCAAGCUUUUAGCAAAACUGUUAAAAAGCAAAAAUCCAGAUGACUUACAAGAGGCAAACAAGCUUAUUAAAUCUAUGGUGAAAGAGGACGAGGCACGGAUACAGAAAGUAACAAAGCGCAUGCACAUCUUGGAGGAAGUGAACAACAACGUGAAACUCUUAAAUGAGAUGUUGGUUCACUAUAAUAAAGAGGACUCUUCAGAGGCUGAUAAGGAGCUCAUGAAGGAGCUCUUUGACAGAUGUGAAACGAAGAGGCGGACCCUAUUCAAGCUGGCCAGUGAGACGGAGGAUAAUGACAGCAGUUUGGGAGAUAUACUGCAGGCCAGCGACAAUUUAUCACGAGUAAUAAAUUCCUACAAAAGAAUUAUUGAGGGACAAGUCAUCAAUGGUGAAGUAGAUAUUUCUGUGUUGCCUACAACAGAUGGCAGCGAUUCUACCAAUAACAUCAACACGCUCAUUGAUCUGGCGGAACUGGACACUUACAGUACCCCCCCACCGCCCCCCCCACCCAUGCCCCCAGUGACAUUGACGCCAGCACCGACACUAACUCCAGCACCAGCGUCCUCAGACAUCCCCAUCCUUCCGCCUCCUCCUCAGAUGGCUGGUCAUUCUCGGAGUCGUUCAUCCAGCCAGGCUGAAGCCACUGCAGCUCAGUUGGCCAGCACAGGCAAUUCCCUCUCUUUGCUGGAUGAGGAACUUCUCUGCUUAGGCUUGAAUGACCCGGCUCCCACCGCAGCAAAGGAAUCAGCUGAGAGCAAUCAGUGGAACAUGUUUCAGAAUGAACCAAUAGACUUGGACUUCUUGAAUCCAAAACCAGUUUCCGCCGGCUGCAACUCUGCAGUGAACCCUGUUCUUCCUGUUGCGUGUGGAACAUCAGCACCUCUGGCUUCCACAUUCUCAGCCCCUCAGUCUGUCCCCGGUAUCCCCGUCCCUACUGCAGCCCCUUUUAUGUUCUCUUCUGGACCACCACCGGGCCCCUCCAAUGCCAUGCCACUUGCCCCUGGGUAUCUUAACUCUGCAGUGGAAAGCAAUGGUCUGCACAAGAUGGAUCCAUUGGGACAUCUUCUGGAUGAAUCCAAAAGGCCUUCGUCCCAAGUAAACAUGGCAACCUCCAUGUUCCAUGUACAAGCUACAUUACCUGCUGCUGCUUCUUCACCUCCAACAUAUUCUACAGGAUUUCCACUCGCUACGCCAGGAGUCCCUACCGUUCCAUAUCCAAGCAGCUGUACUACAGGGUCAGGAAGUCCCCUGUUCCAGCCAGCCUUGUUUCAACAAGGAAGUCCUCUGAAAGGACCCGAGAUUUCUUUGGCCAACGUCCAUGUCCCACUGGAGUCCAUUAAGCCCAGCAGUGCUCUUCCUGUGACUGCUUAUGACAAAAAUGGCUUGCGUAUUCUUCUGCACUUUGCCAAGGAGUGUCCACAUGGGCGGCCUGAUGUGCUGGUAGUGGUGGUGUCCAUGCUAAAUACAGCACCCCUUCCUAUCAAAAACAUUGUGUUACAAGCUGCAGUGCCAAAGUCCAUGAAAGUGAAGUUACAGCCACCUUCAGGGACAGAGCUAGCGCCAUUCAAUCCCAUCCAGGCACCUGCUGCUAUUACCCAGGUCAUGUUGCUUGCAAAUCCUAGAAAGGAGAAAGUUCGGCUGAGAUACCGGCUGACCUUUUCUUUAGGAGACCAACCCAGCACAGAAGUGGGGGAAGUAGAUCAGUUCCCCCCAGUCGAACAGUGGGGGAACCUAUGACCUAAAGGCAUCUCAAUGGGACUGGAAUGAUUGUGAAGUGGAAGGGGUAUAUGAGGUACCCAGCAGUGCUAUUUUACCUUUGUUCACAUGUCCCGUCCACUCCACUUGUAGCUUUAGUCCAGAAUGUUUCCUGCACUCUGGGGUAAAGUGGUCGGGGGCAUUGAUGCCAAGCAUGAACUUGUGUGGGCAAUGAGGAACAGAGGCCUGGCAGGCUUUUCUUCUUGGCCAAUCCAGUCUUAUCUUCCGUUUUGUUAAAACUUGAAAACUGAUAACUGGGAGAACUUUUAAGUAGAGAGAGAUGAUUGAUGGUCUCUCUCAGUAUUGGCUGGAUACCUACAAAGGGCUAUGAUGCCUUCAUAAGCUCCUUCGGGGCAGAGCCCUAACAGAUGUUCCUAUGCUCAAUUUUUACCUCCUUGGUGCCAGAACUAGGACAACCUGUAGGCUUGCUGAGCAAUAACACAGGAUCCCAAAGAGGAGGUUUCUGCCAUGUCCUGACCCUCCGUUUUCUUUCUUAGGCAACAUCUAUUGUAAAAGCCAGCACAGACCAUACUGGUGAAAAAGAGCUGUAUAUUUUACAUUUGUGCCACAUGUGAACAUAACACACAGCUCUGAAUCUGCUGCCUUCGAUUUUCUUCUUCCCACAGCAAUGUGUGAUUUCUAGGCAGCUAAGUUUUGUAUGCACAUAGCUUGAUGGCAACUUCCCCUGUGCAUUCAGAAACAGCAUUCUGUUGAGAAGUGAAACUGGUAAGUCACAAAGGCAGAGUUUACCCAUUGCUCAAGAGGGGAACACGAGGAAAGAGAAUCCACUUGUCAGCGUCAGAGGUAGAAAGUGGGACAGGUCAGGUCUCGAUUCUUCUCCUGAAGGCAGUAUUACUAGUUAGGGACAUACAAUGUACAUAAAAGCAAAAGGAAAGCCUCAAGAGAGCCUGCAGCUAAGGAAAAAGCAAAGCCAUGACCAUGCAUGUGCUGGGUUUACUGUGCUCUUUUUAUUCACUCCAAGUAUUUAAGUGGUUAAGUGCAAUUGUCCCCAGUAGGAAAGACGCCAGGAUUGAGGCAGACAGAACUCUCUGAAUGCAAGCUGUAUUUGUAAGCCGGCACAAAACUACAUAAGAGACUACCAGUGCUUUGGAUGGAGUAGUCACUUCUAUCUGCCACAAUACAUUUUGAUCUAAAUACCCUCUCAAAGAAUCUUUGAGUAAAUUUGUCUUUCUAAAAAAAUUUCCUCUUGCUCUAACAUUUUAUUGUACUGUCAAGAGGAGGCUGUGUGAAAAUCUGCAUUAGGUUAAGAGUUGUUCUAAAUAAAAUGUAUUAAUAGAAAUGUCUAACAACAUACAGAUAUUACAAAAAAAGGGUCACAUACUCUUUAAAUGACAUGCUUAGGCAAAGAGUUAAAGUUUUCUAGAUACACAGCCAGUUACCACAAUGUGAAUGUUUCUGUGCCAGUUGGGAGAGGUCAGAAUUGUGUACAUAACUAUCUACAGGAUGUAUCUGAAGGGCCUAAAAGGAGAUGCAGAGAAGGGCAGAAUUAUCUGAUGGAAUAAGGAUGGCAUUUCUUCUGCUUCUUUACCUGAUCCUUACUGGUAUUUUAGUCUCCCUACCAUAAGGUUUUACAUUAGACUGCUGAAAUGUGCCAGGUGCCAUAGUCUAUCCAUAGCAGGUUUCACUGCAAGUCACUCUUUCUGAGGAAGCCAGAGAGAAAAAAGCACAAGUGCUUUCUACCAAAUGGCUUUCUUAGUGUCAGCAGUAUGGCUGUGCCCAUAGUGCAUAAUCCAGCAGAAAGAUCCCAUAGUCUCACUGUGUGGAAGUGUACUGUUAACAAGCUUCAGAAAUUAUUUAUGAAUGUUACUUGUUCAUAGGCUGAAGUUACAGCUUUCUACCGUCACUCAAGACUGUACAUUUGUCUCUAAAGCAUUUGUUUUUCUUUUCUGCACGUUCAAUAAAAUAGCUUUCCUUUA